AUGGCAGCAACAUUCAACCCAUCUUCCAAGCCCGUCCUCGCAGUCGUCGGCGCUGGCCCGGGUAUAGGUGAAGCUGUCGCCCGAAAAUUUAUCUCAGAAGGCUUCACGGUAGCACUGCUGGCACGAACCGAAACCAAACUCCAAGAAAUGGUCUCAUCCAUAACCAACGACUUCGGCCCUCACACAGCAAAAUACUACAUCACAGAUCUCCGCAUCGAAUCAGACAUCAUCAAGACCUUCACCUCCAUCAAGCAAGAUCUCGGCCCUGUCAAUGUGUUAGUAUACAACGCCGGAGCACGCCGCGUCAACGGCCGCUCGAUCCUCGACACCAGCUCCGAGGAAUUCGAGAAUUUCACAAAGAUCAACCUCUUCGGCGCUUUCUGGUCCGUCAAAUGCGUACUUCCCGAUAUGUUAGCCGCAGAAAAAGGAACCGUUAUCUUCACCGGCGCAACAGGAAGUCUGCGAGGAAGUCCCGGGCUAUCCAGUUUCUCUCCAGGGAAAUUUGGCUUGCGGAGUUUGGCGCAGAUUGUGACGCGGGAGUAUCAGGAGAAGGGGAUUCAUGCUGCGCAUUUGGUGGUGGAUGGGCCGGUGGAUGGGAAGCUGAUUGGGGGUGUGACGAGGAGGAAGUGGGAGCGGGAGGGAGAGAAGGAGAAGUUGGGGGAGGUGGAGAUGAGACUUAUGCAGCCGACUGAUUUGGCGGGGAUUUACUGGUUUGUGCAUACGCAGCCGAGGAGUACGUGGACGCAUGAGUUGGAUGUUAGGGCACAGAAGGAGAGCAUGUUUUCGAAGCUGUAA